AUACAGCGGAAGUUUCUCCAGCUCUGACUGGCUGUCUGCAGCGUGUCUCCUCCUCCUGCCCGAUCCUCCUUUCCCGGAAGCAGGAAGAGAAUUCGGACAGAGAGGAAAGGCUGUUGACAGCCGAAAUCACUUCCAGGCCACUGACAAUACUCUCCUAAAACAUCUGUCCUGCAUCGCAUUGUGCUAUUCGGAAGUAGCAGGAGCUCUCAAGGUAUGGAAUAUGGCAGCAACUGAAACACAGUUUAUGUUAAGCGUAGGAUUAAUCGAAAAAGAUGUGAAUGGAGACACUCUGUGGGUGUGGUGCUUUCCCUCUGUGAGCUCAGACCUGAGGCAAGUCCUGCUCAGCAAGUGCUGUCUAACUCAGGACAGCCGGGACUUCCACACCUUUGUGUUCGGUCAGUUCUGUCGCACCUGGUACUACAUCACCACGGUGGAGGUGCAGGAACCAACGGCACUAAACAAGGUCACUCAUUUUUCAAUAGUUGUUACAGCAAAAGACUUCAACCCUGAGAAGUAUGCUGCUCUCAGUAGAAUCCUCUGCGGGAUGUACAUCAAACAUGGCAGUCCAGUGAAGAUGAUGGAGGCUUACGUCACCGUCCUCACCAAAGGAAUUUGCCAGAGUGAUGAAAACGGCUCGUUUCUAAUAAAGGACUACGAUGCUCGGAAAGCGUUCUUGGCUGGUUCAGUCAAAGACGUGGUGUCUCAGUUUGGCCUGGAGACGAUCAUCCUGUACACGGCUCUCAUGCUGAAGAAGAGGAUCAUUGUCCAUCACCCUCGGAUUGAAGCCUUGCUGGAGUUUACAAGAGUUCUACCCACUCUGACAUGGCACAGGAAAGACUGGUCCAUCCUCCACCCGUACGUGCACCUGACCGAUACUGAACUAGAGGAUCUCAAGAAAUGCCCGGGAUAUGUAGCAGGGUUUGUGGAUCCAGAAGUGAGCAACAGAUCGGACUUGUUUGAUGUUUAUGUGAACCUCCCGGACAGCGCCAUCACAGUAUCCCAGAGUGCCAAAGAGGCCAUGGCUAUGGGGAAGUUGCACAAAGAUGUUGGGCUUCUCAUUGUGCAGUCUGCAGAGGAUGCUGAGAGGUCAGACAGCCAGGUCAUCAAGGAUCUUUCUGUAAAGACUAAAGAGAUCCUCGCUAACUUGGCGGCCCUGGCUGACGAGUGUGAAGACUCUAAAAUCACGUUGGAAAGUUUAAAGCAGCAUCAUUUCCCUCCGGCCACAGAGAACUUCCUCUUUCAUUUGGCAGCUGCCGAGCAGCUCUUACGGAUAUAGUUUUUUAUUUUUCAGACUCCUUGCUGCAAGAUGAUGUCUACAGCAUGGACUCUGGAUUUGCUGUUCUGAACAUGUUGGGAUAUCUCCUGUUGUCUUAAGGCUUGUGCGAGAAUUAGACACUUUCUCACAGUAAUCUUCAUGUGAGGUAGGAAAGUGUCACAUGACUCACACCUUGACUUGUACCAAUAAAUAAAUAUGUAUAUAUUUUUGAUUGCCAACCAAUCCCUUGAAAAGACCAAAACAAAAAUGACCUGAAUCCUUUUACUACCAUGAAUAUGGCACUGUAAAAACUGUAGACUGCUGCUGCUUUUAAUACUCACUACUGCACCCAAUGUGUAUUCAUCCAUAGAUGAAAAUAGUCCCCAAAAACUGCACAAUUCAGUCAUGUUGGAGGUAACAGUUGUUUACAUUUACAGUGCCCAGCUGUUUUUUGUGCCAAAAUAAGUAUGAAAGUAAGAUGGAUACUAACUUCCUGUUGAUUUUGGUGUUUUCACGGGAUUUGAUGACCAUAAUAAAAAUAUGAAAUAAUUUUAGCCUUGUUUUUAAAAUCCGAAGUUAAGGACAGUAAGGAGCUCUGUAUCCAACUUUGUGAAAUGGGGGAAAAUAAGCUGCUACUUUUCAGCUGGCACAUCUAAUAAUCCUCCCAGGUUUUAGCUCCUACUCCAUGGUGCAAAGUGGCACUUGCAUACAUCACUUUUUUUCUCCCCUAUGGAAAUAUUGUGUACACGCUGUGAAGGGCCUGAGCAGUUAUCAUUAUUAAAGAGUUUACUGAUAGUAACUACAUUUGUGAUUAUCAGAUCAUAAUGUGUGUUUAUAUCUCACAUUUUAUAUUUUACUAAUGACUAAAAAACAAGCAAAUGGUGUUGUAAAAGGCUUUUUCAAAAACUUUUUAUAUAAAGGUGUUACUCAUUAAUCUGCGGCUGAUCAAAUAUCGGUGUUUCCAUAUCCAUAUUGAUGUAUACCGAAUCAUGUGUCUUAAUGUUCAGGAGUUCUUUUUAUCCACGAUGAGUUAGCACUGUUGUUUUACAGGUGAGUGUGUUUUUGAAGCACAUUUCCAAAGAGAUGGUUUUGUGCCUCAGUAAUUUAGAUAAGACACAGUGCAAUAAACCGACAUGCUCAUUGAACUUUGGAAAAUAAAUGCAUUUUAAUGAA